ACCCCUAGGGCCAAGCCCCCUCAAGCCUGCCCAUGCUCUCCCCAUUUUGGCUGUGGUCAGCUUGGCCCCGGCCCAAGGGAGGUUUUGGGCAGCUCUGGUGCUGCUGAGGCCUGCCGGGCCAGGGCUGAUCUCCUCCACGCCGCAGCAGGCAGGACCCAGCAGCAUAUGGCUCAGCCAUGCCGACAUAUGUUCAGAGCACUACAAGAUGGCACAUUGCAAUUGUAGCGGUGUUCUUCGUUUUUAUUUUUAGUUCAGUUAUACAAAUAAGAUGUUUUUCUCACUGUUCAGUGUUAUCAACAUUUGAAACUAUUUUUGUACAUUAUUAUCCUCUCUGAUUUCUAAUCCUAUGCAGCUUUGCAAGGACUAAUAGGGAAUGUAUAGAGCCCAUGCGAGUUAAACCCUUAAUAAAGAGCAAUUUGCAAGUACAAUUCUCUCAUUAUUUUUUUUAUCGAUACUUCUGCAUAUUCAGUGAAAUCUAAAGAUUAGAGUUUUAUGAAUAAUUCAGUGUUUAGGCUGAUGUCUGAUUCAUGCUCUUCAGAUCUGGGAGGUGGUUUUGGAGGGAAGAGGAGGAAGGAUUCAGUGUUUAUUUGCUGUCCGUGAGGCUGUGCUCCACAGGAGUGUGGUGAUGCCUGGCACUGUGGUUCUGCCACCCGUGGAGGACCAGCCCUGGCACAAGGCCUGGCCCCAAGCCCCCAGGCUGUCCCCACACUGUGACACCUGGCUGCUGCUGGUGGUGCUGGGGGCAAGCAAGGCUUUGGGACCCUCCUGCCAGUUCAGCCGGGUGCCAUUGGCAUCACAGAGCUACCACAGAGGUGAUGGAUGGAUCCAGGAUGAGGAAAUGCACCCAAACCUUCUGUGGUGCCACCCCCAGCAGCUCACUGUGCCCUUCCUGGGGAAUUCAGAAAUGGACUGAAAUGAAGCAAUAAACAGGCUGGUGCUGGUCUGGGGAGGAGGAGGGCGUGUGGGGCUCCAGGCCAUGGGUCUACCUCCCAGCUCCCUGCUGCAGACCUGGCUCCUACCGGCACCUCAGCCAGCAUCCAGCCCCUGGGCUCAAGAGGUGGGUGCAGGCCUUGACAAGGAUCUCCAUGGGCACUGCUUUUCAGGUGCAUUGCUGUGCUCUGCUGAGAUGGCCAUGAGCCUGUCCUGCCACCAUUUAAUCCCACUUUACAACUUUCUCAUGUUUCCAGCAGACAAUGCACACAAAACCCCUGUGAGUCCUGUGUGAAGUGGGCAGUCCCUGCCGUGGGGACAUUUGCAGUGGGGACUGUUUCUACACCAAAGAGCCAUUGGUGCUUUACCCAGGUUCUCCUCACAAGCACAGGUGCCUGCACGGAGGGGCCAUGGAAGUGCUGUGGCUGCCCAAGUCCAGGGCUGGGAGUGCUCUCCCCUGAACAUGGGAUUCAGUGGGUGGGGGCACAUUGUUGUCCUGCUUGGGACACCUGGGGAUGCUGGGUGAGAGGUGCUCCUCCUGCCUCUGCUGGCUCACCAAGCAGCUCUUCCUUCUCCUCCUCUCACUUGUGAAAUCUUCUCCCCCCACCAUUUUCAGAGUCCCAUUUCCUUGUGAGGCCAUGCUUGGUAAGGGAGACAGCACAUCCCACCCUCACCCUGGCAAGGGGUCUGUGUGGGCCCCAUGCUCUGGGCUGGUUCCCUGUGCACCCCACAGCAAGUGUGGUCAGCAAGCUGCAAUCCCAGCACCCCAACACCCACCCUGCAGCAGAUAGACACCUUUUGUCUGCCUGUUCAGGGCACUCACCCUGCAAAGCUCCAUCUCUCAUCCUUCUCUAAACCCUCUGCCUAGGUGUGCCCCUUUUCCCUCCAGCCCCUCACAAAGCUUUGGCAAAGGUCCUUCAACUUCUAGACCCUGGCUUCCACCAGGGCUUCAACCACAGCAAUUAGCAGCUGCCAACCAGCACCUGCAGCCAGGCUGCUCAUCAGAUAAAUUGGAUGGAGGUGGGCUGGCUAUGGUAGUAGGGUUUGUGCUGCUGUGGGUAGAGGUGCCUGUGACUGCCUGGGUUUGUGUGCUGCCAUGGAGCCUGAGCUGGCCAAAGCUGCUGGCAUCGUCCCACGCUAUCCGGCCCAGCACCCUCCCACCCUGCAGAUGGUCAAGGAGGCACUGCGGGCCCACGAUGCCAGGAAGGGUGCCUCUGUGGUUGCCAUCAAGCGUUUCAUCCUGGCCAAGUACCCCACCGUGGACCCCAUCCGCCUCAAGUACCUGCUGAAGCAGGCGCUGAGCAAGGGGCUGAGCUGCGGGGACCUGGUGCGGCCCCAAAACUCAUCUGCUGUGGGGGCCACGGGCACCUUCAAGUUAGCACGCAAGAAACCAGGGCACAAGCAGCAGCUGGGCCAGGCAGAUCCUGACAGAGGAGAGGCCCCAAAGCCAGGACAGAAAGGGACCACCACGGACCCCCAGGCCCCCGUGGCAGGAGCACGACCGCGAGGUGCCACCAAGCAGCAGCCGAAGGCGAAGCCCGUGAAGGCCCAGCCACGAGCAGCAGAGAAGCCCAGGAGCAAUAGAGCGAAGCAUCCCCAAACUGCUGACCGGCCCCAGGCUCAUGGCCCGGGGCCUUCGGGGCCCCCAAAAGCUGCUGGCCCCCGCCAGGCCCCCCGAAAAGGACACUCAGCACCCAGCACAGCUCGGGCUGCUGAGAACACAGGAGGGAGCGAUAGUGACAGCGACAGCUCUGGAAGUGCUGGGGUGAAGGGGCCCCAGAAGGUCCCCCGAGGAAAGAGCAAGGGGAAGGUGCCCAAGAGGGCACAGCAGGACGCCCCCAAGGCACGGGGAGGUCAGGAUAAAGCAAAGAAGCCCCGGGUGACUGCAGGAGCUGGGCAGGGGAAGGCCAGGAUGAAGAAGGCAGCCCCUGUGGCAGCAGACAGAAAGACUCCAUAGGGAACUUGGCCCUGCUUCAGCUGGCCCCAGGCCCUUGGGGUCUGUGCUGGUCUCAGUCCCUAGGACAGGUUUUAACUUUGCGUUCUCCUCAUCCUAAUAAAGCUUCUUUACUUGCCUCAUGAAAUUACUGUUAUGGGUCCCCGUCCCUGCACUUCCAUCCCAGUGCCAGAAUCCCUCAGCCCUGUCCUCAGCCUGCACAGCACGGUGGUGAGCUGAUGCUGCAGGCAGCUGCCUUGCUGCCUGCCCUCACUGAGAGGUUCUGUCUCUGUCCCCACGUGUCCCCAGCUGUGGUGCCACGGGGCUGUGUGUGUGCAGGAUGACAGUGUGCCAAGGUGAUGAGCAGGGACCCUGAGACCGUGGGACACAGCCUGGUGACAUCCCCAGGAGCAGAGAAGCUCAGGCUUGGCCGGUGCUGCUGUGGAGCCAUGGUGCCCACGGGCUGUGUGUGUCCAGCCCUCUGCUGUCCUGGCUGCCCUUGUGCUAAUGCCUGGCUGAGCUGGGAUUACAGGUGCACCAGGGAGCAGGUCUGGGUGCCUGCCAUGGGCAAAUGUCUCCCAGCAGAGGUGAAGCAGCCUGUGCUUUAACUACAGUAAGAAGACAGAGGUGUCUUAGGGGCUCAAAAAUCAAGUUUGGGGUGUUACUAUAGCCUCCAGUGCAGCUCAUGCUCUUAUUACCAGUCUAUGGCACAGUUCCCACCUACAAACUUGCCUUGUGAGCUCCCAUGGAUCAGUGUAUCACACUUCCAUUUAAUAGCUUCAAUUGCCUGAAUUCCUCUUGCUCUGCCCAGAGCAGGGCCCUUCUGAAGGUUGUGCUGAUCGUGUAAGGGGUUACAGUCCUCCUGGGUGGGAGAAAAUAAGUGGAAGUAAAACUCUUUCCAAAGAGGAUUUUGUUAAUCUCAACUGGCCUUGCCAUUGCCCUCCAAGGCUCCUGGCCUUGCUUUGGGGCUUAAGCAAGAGCUGAGCAAACUCGCUUCCCUUAAACUUCAGCCUUUCUGUGCUGAUCCAUCCUUACUGGAACUGGAACUCGUGUCCCCCCAGGGACAGAGUGGGGAAUGUGGCAGCACUAACUGAGCAGAGUUCACUGGAUUCUCAGAGGGGGUGGCCUCAGAGCACCACUCACGUGUGGAA